AUGGAGCUGUUCCAAGCCAAGGACCACUACAUCCUUGCAGAGCGGAGCGCGCGCUGUGUGCAGCCGGAGGGACGGCAGCCUGCAGCUGAGAGCCGGGAACGUGAACAAAAAUUGAGACGGAGUUGUGUUAAUGGGAAUUUUGAAACAGUGGUGGUUAUCCUGUCCUGCCCGGGAGCCACUGAUCUUCUGUUGGCUUGGAAUCCCAUUUGCCUGGGCCUUGUAGAGGGAGUCAUUGGUAAAGUUCAGCUUCAUACAGAUUUACCAUGGUGGCUGCUUUUAAUUCGUCAGAAAGCUUUGAUUGGCAAACUCCCUGGAGAUCACGAGGUUUGCAAAAUAACAAAGAUAGCUGUGAUUCCUCUCUCUGAAACAGAACCUCAGGACCUGGAGUUGGAGCUUUGUAAAAAGCACCAUUUUGGGAUAAACAAGCCAGAGAAGAUAACACAGUCCCCAGAUGACACAAAAUUUCUGCUGAAGACUCUGACUCAAAUUAAAUCAAAUGUGUCUGCUCCAAAUAAAAAGAAGAUUAAAGAAAGCAAAGAGAAAGAGAGGCUGGAGAAGAGAUUACUGGAGGAAUUGUUCAAAAUGUUCAUGGAUUCAGACUCCUUUUACUACAGCCUGACCUAUGACCUGACAAAUUCUGUGCAGAGACAGAGCACGUGUGAGAAAACAAACUUAUCCCUGUGGAGAAAAGUUGAUGACAGAUUCUUUUGGAACAAGCACAUGAUUGAAGAUCUCAUCAGCAUCGAUAAUGCUGAAGUGGACUUCUGGAUCAUACCCAUCAUUCAAGGAUUUGUGCAGAUUGAAGAGCUUGUAGUAAACUACAGUGAAUCUUCUGAUGAUGACAAGAGCAGUCCUGAAACUCCUCCCCAGGAAUCCACGUGCGUGGAUGAUGUUCACCCCACCUUCCUGGUGGCCCUGAUCUCCCGCCGCAGUCGGCACAGAGCUGGAAUGCGGUACAAAAGGAGAGGUGUGGAUAAAAAUGGAAACGUGGCAAAUUACGUUGAGACAGAGCAACUGAUUCAUGUUCACAACCACACUCUUUCCUACAUCCAAACCCGGGGCUCUGUGCCUGUUUUCUGGAGCCAAGUUGGAUACAGAUACAACCCACGGCCCCGCCUGGACAAGAGUGAGAAUGAAACUGUACCCUGUUUUCGUGCACACUUUGAAGAGCAGCUGAAAAACUACAAAAAGCAGGUUAUUAUUAACUUGGUGGAUCAAACAGGCAGAGAGAAGAUUAUUGGAGAUGCUUACCUUAAACAAGUUCUUCUCUACAACAAUGCAAACCUGACUUAUGUUUCAUUUGACUUCCAUGAGCACUGCCGAGGAAUGAAGUUUGAAAAUGUUCAAACACUGACUGAUGCCAUUCAUGAUAUUAUUCUUGACAUGAAGUGGUGCUGGGUUGACCAGGCUGGAGUGAUCUGUAAACAGGAAGGGAUUUUUCGAGUGAACUGCAUGGACUGCCUGGAUCGUACCAACGUCGUGCAGGCUGCCAUUGCCAGGGUGGUCAUGGAACAGCAGCUCAAAAAACUGGGUGUGAUGCCCCCUGAGCAGCCUUUGCCCGUGAAGUGCAACAGGAUCUACCAGGUGAUGUGGGCCAACAACGGCGAUGCCAUCAGCCGGCAGUACGCCGGCACCGCCGCCCUCAAGGGGGACUUCACCAGGACUGGGGAGAGGAAGCUGGCAGGAGUGAUGAAGGAUGGAGUUAAUUCUGCAAACAGAUACUACUUGAAUCGUUUCAGGGAUGCUUACAGGCAAGCAGUCAUAGAUUUGAUGCAGGGCAUCCCUGUCACAGAGGAUCUGUACUCCAUAUUCACCAAAGAGAAGGAACACGAAGCCCUGCACAAGGAGAACCUGAGGAGCCACCAGGAGCUGAUCAGCCAGCUGCUGCAGAGCUACAUGAAGCUGCUCUUACCAGAUGAUGAAAAAUUCCAUGGGGGUUGGGCACUGAUUGACUGUGACCCGAGUCUCAUCGAUGCCACUCACAGGGACGUGGAUGUUCUGCUGUUACUUUCCAACUCUGCCUACUAUGUGGCCUAUUAUGAUGAUGAAGUCGACAAGGUGAAUCAGUACCAAAGGUUAGGUCUUGAAGCUCUGGAAAAAAUAGAAAUAGGGCCUGAGCCUACUCUCUUUGGCAAACCCAAGUUCUCUUGCAUGAGGCUGCAUUACAAGUACAAAGAGCUGAGUGGGUAUUUUCACACCCUCAGAGCUGUGGUGAGAAACCCAGAAGAAGAUGGAAAAGACACUCUUCAGUGCAUUGCAGAGAUGCUGAGGAUCACAAAGCAGGCAAUGGGAUUGGAUGUGCCCAUCAUUGAGAAAAAGCUGGAAAGGAGGAGCAGUAAACCCCACGAGGACAUCAUUGGCAUUCGGUCUCAGAACAGAGGCUCCCUGGCCCAGGGCAAGAAUUAUUUGCUCAGCAAGUUCUCCUCCCUCAACCAGAAGGUGAAGCAAACCAAAUCCAACGUGAACAUGAGCAACCUCCGGAAGCUGGGCAGCUUUGCUAAACCCGACGUGAAAGUCAAUUUUUUAAAGCCAAACCUGAAGGUGAACCUGUGGAAAUCAGACAGCAGCCUCGAGACUCUGGAGAAUCCGGGGGCAGAUCCCAAAGCCCAGAGUGAGUCCGACACGGAAGGGUCGGAUAAUGACUCGUUCCACUCCGAUGACUUCCUGACUAACUCCAAAUCGGACGAGGACACCCAGCUGACGGACUCCCUGGAGAACAUAGGCCCCACAGACUACGUGCUGCCCAGCUGUGGCAUCAUCGCCUCGGCCCCGCGCCUGGGCAGCCGCUCGCAGUCCCUCAGCAGCACGGACAUGAGCCUCAGCAUUCCCGUCCCCUGCGAGGGGCAGGACUCCCAGGCCGGCCGCUCCGACGGCGAGGACAUUGCCAUGCCUUCUGCUGACAGCUCAGACAUGGAGUUUGCCAAGCCCAUGGAUGUGUACUGCCACAGGUUUGUGCAGGAUGCCCAGAGUAAGGGCUCGGAUGUCCUGCAGGCCGAGGCUGGUCCUCGGGAGCCCCGUCCCCCAGCGACCCAAACCAGCAGUGACGCGCCCCAGGCGGCGCAGACCAGGGCAGAACCUGUGGGAGACGUUCCUUCCAGGCCUUCCAAGCUGGAUGUCCUGUCUUCUGAGCCAAAUGCUCAGCUCUUAGCUGUUGGUGGGACUGACCUCAGUAAAUCCCAUAAAAGCCCCGGCUCUGUGCCCGGGAACCCUGAGACAGGACUCCACACGACUCCCUCUCCCGCCGACGGCGGCGGCAGCAGAGCCGUGUCUCCCUUCGCUAAAAUCCGCAGUUCCAUGGUCCAGGUUGCAAACAUCACCCAGGCAGGAUUGACUCAAGGGAUUAACUUUGCUGUGGCAAAGGUCCAGAAGAGCCCUGCAGAACCAGAAGCUUUAAAUGAAAUCAAACAGAAAGAACUGAGGGAAAUGUUUACGCAGUGCCAGACGCGGAUAAUUCAGAUCUAGUCGCUAAUUCAGGAAGUGUUCUUCUGGUUGUGGCUCUUAAUAAAGUACUAAAAAAAAAUGAUAUCAGGACUCACUGUGGUAUGAACAGCUACUGGACACUGGGAUCCACAAGAGGUGACUUGUUUACAGGCAAUGAGAGGUGCAGAUGAAUUUGGUUCUGACCAAGCUUGAGAAUUCCCUCACGAGGUGAGACACAACGGUGAACCCCCUCUUUAAACAGGUAGCUUAGACACUGGGACCCAAUAAGCAUGCUGUCUGUCUUAGGUGUGUUGCACAGUUAUUUUUUUGGAGACUAAUUUUGUAGCUCUUCUGAAUUAUGUAGGAAGUAUUUAUACUACAAAGGUGAUACUGCACUUCUCUGACCUUACUUACCUUGCACUACACCAGCAAAAUAACCUACCGGUAAAAUGACAUUUUAUUUAUUUUUGGACUAGAGUUUUUACUUGUUUUCACUGAGGUUUUAGAUGCAGCUUUCUCUGAAUUGUGCCUCUACAAUGGGAACCGAUGAGUUUUUGUUGAAUUUAAAUACUUUAAUGAGAAAGUGAGAUUUCUUUGCUAUCCUUUUCUUUUCACACAUCCUGGAACACUUU